AUGGUUAUACAGAACCAAGCGACGAUGUGCUACCACAAACGCGACCCCCGAGCGAGCAGACACAGAGCGGACGAGCACUCACAAAAAAUAGCUUUUGUUCAGGAUAGCCCGAGAAGCCUGACGAGGCAGGCAGGACAUCUAUCGUCACCCGCGGAGUUCACAAGAAGCCAUGGCCCCAACACUGACGAACUUUGCAAAGGACCUGUCGAAUCUAUCACGCCAACUGCUCCGGAAAGUUAUGCCGCCGUCUCGAUAGCUUCUGCACAUGGAAACAAAGCCCCGAUCUAUCAUGGAAUUGCUGAAGUUAAGCAUCGCAGAAACGCCGAAGCCGGUCCUCCGCCAGAAGGCCUUAGGCCGCCGCUGCCGUCCGCGCUGCAGCAGCAAUCGCGAGACAUCCACAAACUGAGCCUUAUCCAAGCAUUUUUGGACCCAAAGCUCCCAAGCCGAGGGUGUAGCGGGCCGAAGCAACGGUCCCUUGAUCCAUUACUUGUUCCUCACCCCGGUGGUUCCGCACCCCCGUCACGUCUGAUGCGAAUUCACACGCCUCCAACAGCGGCAGCGGCGGCAGUAACGACUCGUCCAGGUUCAAAGUCCCAUGGCACCAAACGCACCACCUCUGCACGCAAGGACGCGACGAUUGGCGUCAAUUGCCAAAUCAGGCAUGUGCCCCGCCUUGUGGACGCUACACGGACGCAUGCCGUACCACACGAAAUGCACGCGACAUUUUCGGACACAGCUGACGUGUGCCAUUGGACGGCUUCCUGCGGUAACUCACCGGUCUCUGGCGAUGUACGACAAGCCACAAACGGCGCCCUGGGGACCUGCAGCCUUCCAGCUGACGGCAGAGCCCAAGAGCCGUCCGUGAGGCGGCCCACGGCAGGGUUGUCGUACAACGCAUCGGCGGGCGGCACCGGUGUUCAUACCACCAUGGCGGGAUGUACGACUGACUGUAGAAUUAUGGGGGGUGAUACGGCUAUGUGCAUAACCGCAGCGGGCGAUACGGCUGUCUGUACAACAAUGGCGGGCGGCCUCAGCCCGGACCCAGCCGCCGCCGGCAGCUACCUGCGAAAGACCGACCAUUUCGGUGCUGGCAGUGGCACCUGCUCCCGCAAUGCCAUGCAUGCAAUCGUCUGCUCAGACAGUCAGGACACUGCCAUGUUCACAACAAUGGAUGUGGGACUCGAUCCAGGGAUUUCAGCAAGAGGAUUCCUUUCCUCAGGCGGCUCAGGCCAGGGACUCUAUGACGCAUACAACCCCAGCGAAGGCGAGAUCGUGAUAAUUGACUUGAACACUUGGGUUAUGCCAGAUAUGUCUGAUGAGUCACACACACGCUGCGUCUGGCCGGUGGUAUGUGGCCGUCGGGACGGCAGCGGGAAUACCGGCGAAUGUGGGGGCGGUGCCGUUACAGCACCCAUCGCUAGCGGCCCAGGCGCCGCCGCCGGGGCGGCAGCGACCACCGCUAGCGGCGGCAGCGCCGCCACCAGAGCCGCGCACACUAGGUUGGGUGUGUAUCUCCGGCCUCAUGAGGGGUGGGCUGCCGGCGGCGGCAAGGAUGCUGGCGGCAGCUGGGACGGCUGCGCUGGUGGGGAGUGGAGUUGCCGACAGGGCUUCAUGCUUGCGACGGCGACGGCGGCCGCAGGCGACGGGGAGGAGGAGCGGGAGAAUCCUGCAGCAUCGAACGGCAUAUUGACAUUAUUGGAAACGCAGCCACUCCACGACGCGGCUGCCGCGGCCGCUGCCUUCCCUGCAGCAGCUGCCAUCGCCUGCCGUGCACACGCGGCACCUUGCGCCCGUGGCGCUUAUGCUCUGGGCCCCACCGCAGGGAGCUCAGCCCGGUGCGAUCCGACUGCGACUGCCCGACCUAGACGCUCUGCUCGGAGCUCAAACGCUGUGGAUGAGGUUUCUGGCGAGGCAGUCGCCAAGGCCGACACCACACUUACUUUGGCAGGAGGUGUCUCCGGCUUGACCGAGGUCGGGGGUUCGAGUCCAGCCAGCGGCACCUGCCCUGAGGGCACUAGCCCCACUGCGGCUCUGCUGCCCCGCAGUGACCCGGCGUCUAGGACGGCUAGCAGCAAGUGGCUCCAGGGGGCCAUGGAAGAUGGAUUGGACCGAUCAUCACCUGCUGUCGAUGCCAAGCUGUUUGGUGCAAUCCAGUGUGCAGCAUGCCAGAUGUACAGCUGCUCGUACAGCGGAUAUGAUCACUCGUCGUACCGAGGGGACCUGAACGGCCUGCUCCUGCGGUCCAUUGAAUCGUACGGCGGUACGGGCAUCGUCACCUUCCGAGCGACCUCUCCCUGUGGUAAGACGCUGACGGCCAAGGUGACGGAGCUUCCGCACGGCAUGGACCUAUCGUACAUUUCUUUUGUUGCCAGCAGCGGUUGCGGCGCUGACGGUGCGGCAACGCUAGCACCAGCACCAGCGGUGGUGGACCUCCCUGCUGAGUUGCCGUCAGCAGUAGCGUCAACGGCUGCCGCCACAAUCGCAAUGGCAACGACCGAUGCCUGGAAUACGGACUUGGACCCGGGCAUCUGGGCUGGAGCCCUGCAGAGUGCCGCUGACAUUGCGUGGCUGAUGUACCUCAGCCAUCCGAACAUUGCAAGGAUCCACUUAUGGCGCAACGGAGUGUAUCUGAAGCCGUGCAAGGCCACAGCAAGCAAGGACGCCCAAACGACCAACACCACAGACGCCGCCGCCACCACUACUAUUACAACGGAAGUUACAGCCGCAGCUGCGAUGGCUGCCAACGCAAGCUUUGGAAAAGCAUCAGGCGUGCUAUCGCUGCGCCUCGACAUCGAUGGCGACUGCAAUAGGGAACGGAAUGGCCGUGCACCAGUUGACGGAGCUGGUACGGUGGCCACCGUUGGCCAGAGCGCAGGUGCUGACGUCAGCGUUGCCGCUGACGCGGCCGCCGACGCCGACACAAAUGCAACUACCGGCACCAGCUCGCCAGUCUGUUUGGUGCUUGUGACCUCUUGUGACUUGGGCAGCCUCCGAACGGCGCUCGAUAAGGGGCUCUUUGGGCGCCAUCGUGCAUGUGGCGAGCCUGCCCGCUCGGCGCGGGUGGUGGACUGGAAGGCUAUCCUACAUACCCUCCUAGACGUCGCGCGAGCGCUGCGGUACCUGCACGGCAAGCAUAUCGUACACAGGUCUCUGCAGCCGGACGCAGUACAGCUGUACUCUAACGGCAGCGACCCACGCGGCUUCACGGCCAAGCUGGCAGAGUUUGGGCUGGCAGUGCGGUUGCACCCGCACCCGCAGCAGCAGAAGUCUGAGCCACUGGCAAGUCACGGCAAAACCAGGUUUGAGCGGGAGGAGCAGCGGCAACAGCAACAGCAAGGGCGGGGGGAAGCAUCCGAGAGGACUUCCGCCAUUGGUCCCCUGCACAGCAUUCCACCAGAGGCUUUUCAAGGUACGGUAGUCAUGUAG